UCUCGUCUAGGAGUGCCUCACCAAUCGCUUUCCUCCUCUAACUUGUCCUUUACGCGCCCUCAACUCGACAGCUUUUAUGUUUCAGUCUCCCGUGUAUGACAAAUCUCUGGCAAUAGUUUCAAGUCUUUGAAAUGAGUCGAGCUAACAGUCUUUCCGAGGCUUCCAGCAGCCUGUACAAGGCGUUAGAGAUCCCACAGGGCGGGGAGAUCGACUGCUUUGCUAGGGGGGAUGCCCAGAGCCAAAACCUCCACAAGAUUCCAAAAAAGCGAAGAAAAGAUAUUAAUUACAUUGUCCAAGCACUGGCUGUUCAAGAACCGAACGAUGAAGACCAGAAUGCCACAAUUAAGGACUUGGCUGAGAAACUUGUCUGCUACGGACAAAAAAAGCGGCAUACGGAAACACUCGUAUUUGAUGGAGACAGCUUUUCGAACCCUGUGGACUAUGUCCAUGCCUUAUUGACUAGGAGGUUCUACAACUGGCUCAAGACGAAGAACAAAGAAAGGCUUUACACAGAACAUCCAAGGCUGGUCCGGUAUUCUCAGAAAUCGUCGACUUCCCUUCGAGGACGUGGAGUAACGCCCACGAGCAAACGAACUUCGGAUCAAAGUCAAAGUUUUCUCAUUUACGACACAGACGACGGCGAGUACUCAGGUGACUAUCUGAGCGAUGAUGUGAUCGAAUCAAUUGAAGAAGACAUCGAUUUAAGUGAUGAGGAAUUCGGUUCAGAAGAAGACUCCGAAGAUGAAGGGAUAGGCGAAUGUUCCCGUCAGACAUCUACACAGCGGGAACUUCGACGCCCCAGACUUACUAGGGAGAGCCCCUUGAGUGAUCGAGAGAUCCCGAGGACGCCUUCAAGGAACCAAAGUUCGAGGUAUCGCAACAUUUAUUCCAGAUCACCAGGCUCGCUAUCAUACCCAACACCCACGGACGAUGCAUUCCUUACUUCACCAGGGUCUGUCACCUCGCCAGAUCCCAGUGAGAUCUUCACACCAUAUUCGACAGCCUCGACACCAUAUUCUAUCUUUAGCACUGAGGGCUGCGAAACCCCAAGAUCUUCUCGCACAAGCUUCUACAAGGAGGCGUACGCGGAGAGUCCAACGCGCAGAAAGACGCAGAGAGUUGAUGAUGGCUCUUCAGGUGACCCGAAGAGGGAAAUGAAGCCCAAUGCGGAUGACUUGGUUAACAAGAGUGAGGAAGCUGAAUCAGAUGUGGAGUCAUCACGCUCUCGUCGUUCCAUGACCUUCGAUGACACGGGAAAAUCGCCAGUUCAUAAUAUUAUGAGUCGACUGGUAAAGCCAGUUGGGGCAAAAAACUUGUCUGGGUAUAUAUAUUGCUUCGCUGAAAGGUCAAAGCCUGGAUUCCUCAAAAUUGGGCACGUAGUAUGUCCCGAGUCCAGCAAGUCUGAUCAAAAGUCUGAUCAAGUUGAAAAGAGGAUGAAGGAAUGGAGGCAUGCCUGCAAACAUGACUUGGACUUCAGAUUCGAGGUCUUCAUGCCCUGUUCUGUUCCGAGGAUGGAGAGUUUGAUUCAUCAAACUUUACACAGAGAGAAACAGUAUGCCUCUUGUCCGAACACAGCCUGCCUAAAGACGCACCAGGAAUGGUUCAAGAUAGAGGAAAAUCAAGCACGCCAAGUUAUCAAGGUCUGGGAACAGUUCAGCAAAUUGAAACCAUACGACAAAGAGGGCCGUUUGACGGAUAACUGGGCGCGAUACGAACUGACACAGCUGGCACAGCUGGAUAACGAGUGUCUCUGGAAUACCAAAAAGUGGUUAGCCACAGAGUGGUUUCGGUUGAUCACCGAGGCUGUCGAGAAGGAUUUGGCCCCGAAGCUAGAGAAAAGAAGAGCCGUGGAGAAACAGCUUGCGCAGAUGAAGAUGGAUGAGAAACCUCUUCAGCAAAUGCUGGUUGUGUUAAGGAAGGCUCAACAACAAAUUUUGGUGUAGAAGCACAAUGUGGGCAUAUUCGAGUUGUGAGUUUACCGGAUUGGACGCUUGUUGACGGAAAUGUUUAAGGUCUGACCAUAGUUAUCGCGCUUUGUACCAGUAAGUAUUGUUUCAUUAGUUAAAGAAUUGGAUAGUCAAGAUGUGAAAGAUCAAGUAUUGUGAUACUUAUGAGUCGUCCUGUCCUACACGGGUAUACCGGAGGCUAUGUGAGUAAGUACUACACCCACGUACAGAGCACGAACGUGUAAAUUGUCAGAAUGAGGCUGUCUCGUCUCACCCUGUUGAAGAUAGAACGUUGAAUCUGGAGCGUGGGGGGGACACUUGAAUGGAUGAGAUGUGUUACCUGAACUCAGGGAGCAAGGAAACUUCUGAUGUUAAAUCAGGGUGUCAAAGUAAACCAGUCUAAAGGCUUGCUGAGAUAUACUACACUUACCUAAGUCUUUUUAUUACUUACCUAGAAAAGAGGUCC